GCCCAGAUUAUCUGGACAAACAAGACUUUGCCCUUUGUGGCCUUUUCUGGGUCCGAUCCCUCUGCAUUGCUAUCCCUUUUGACCAAAGGCCAUCACCGAAUACAGGAUGAUGGGAUAUCCUGUGCUCUCUCUCCUGCUUUUUCUGCUUCAUCCCAUUCAGCAAUCCUCCCUGAAUGUCAAUGCAGAAGAAACUACAGAGGAUUCGAAGGCAGCGGCAACAGCAUCGAUGGCUGCUUCGCCAACAGCUCCAGCUGGAGAAGGGGAGCCGCAUGCCUCCCUCACGGUCCAUGUGCUGAAUGUUCUCACCGGCCGUCCAGCCGCAGGGCUGGCCAUACACGUCAUGCAACUGGGAGAUCGCAAGGAGUCCUGGACAGAGCUGAUGAGCAGCACAACCGAUGUGGAUGGACACCUGGAUAAGAGCAGCUUGGCCUCCCUGCAGUUGAAGACGGGCACCUACAAACUGCGCUUCGAGACAGGAGAGUACUGGCAGCAGCAAGGCCAGCCCAGUUUCUACCCUUAUGCAGAUGUGGUCUUCAUCAUCACAGAGGCGGAACGGAGGGUCCACAUCCCGCUGCUGAUGAGCCCCUAUUCCUACACCACUUACAGGGGCAACUAGACAGUGGCUGGUUUCCAAACGUGGAUGCAUCUCCACCUCCCCUAUUAUCGCCACCUGUCUUGGCGACAACCUGCUGCCUAUCAUUAAACGUGGGUCAAGUUGCCUACCUCGAGGUGAUGCAAA